AUGCCAACAAUUUGUUUUAUUAUAAAAGUAAUAAUAAAUUUUUACAAACAUAAAACUAAAGAAUCAAAAUUAAAUGAAAAGUUACAUGAUAGACAGAUAGUGUUACCUUCAGAUUGUAUGCAAAAAAUAUUUAAAUAUACGAUACAAAUUUCAAAUAAGAAAAACCUUUUUAAAUUACUUUUAGUAAAUAAAUAUUGGUGUGAAAAUGUGAUACCAAUAUUAUGGAAUAAUCCAUUUAGAGAUUUAUUUCCUCCUUCAAUAUUACGACAUACACCAUCAAGAGAUCCAAGAAUUUGUUAUAAUUUAUUAAGAACUUAUAUUUCUUGUCUUGAUAAUGAUGAAUAUUAUUUAUUAUUUUCUAAAUUAAAUCCUUCAUUACAUCCAUUUGAUAUGGAAAUUCCUAAUUCAUUUAAAACAUUAUAUAAUUAUCCUAAUUAUUUAAAAGAAUUAUCAUAUAGUGAUUUAGAGAAUACUAUUUAUACAUCAUUUAUGAUAAAUUUAAAAAAUUCAAAUUCUAAAAAUUCCAAUUUUCAACAAGAAAAAUAUCAAGCAUUUUCAAUAGCUUCAGCAUUAUGUAAAUUAUUUUUACAAAAUUCCACUCAAUUAAAAUUUCUUUUAUUUAAUUCUUCUUCAACAUGCAACGAUAGUAUUAUGGAUAUACCAAAUAUUAAAAGAUAUAAUAAUAUUACUAUUAAACCAGUAUUAUCAAAUAUAACAAAAUUUCAAUUUAAAGAUAUUAAAAUUAGAUCAAAUAAUAUUUUAACUUUAUUAAAUUCUAUUUCAAUUUAUUCUACAAAAAUCAAUCAUUUAGAUUUUAAAAUUGAUUCAAAAGAUUAUAAUAAUGAUUUGAUUCAAUCUAUAUCAAAUAUUAUAAAAUCACAAAAACAAUUAUUUGAAUUUAAUAUUUCAAAUUUAAAAGAUAAUUUUUCUGAAUCAAUAUUUUUAUCUUUAUUUUCUCAUCAUAAAUCUACUUUAUUUUCUUUAAAAUUACAAAAUAUUCAUUUUACAAAACUUUCUUUAAGUAUUUUACCAAAUUUAAUUAAUUUAAAAAAUCUUUAUUUAUUUAAUUGUAAUGGUUUUAAUAAUAUGGAUAUUACUAAUGAUUUUAGAAAUUUUAAUUUAAGAAAAUUACAAAUUUUUAGUGAAAAUGAUAAUGAUGUUGAGACAAGAAAUUUAUUAUUACAAUUACUUAAACAAUCUGGUUCUUCAUUAAUUCAAUUAGGAAUUGAUUUGGUUUGUAAUAAGGAAAAUAUUGAUAUUAUAUUAAAUUAUUGUCCUAAUAUUAUUGUAUUAUUUAUUAUGAAUAAUGAUUUAAUGGAAUGGAGAGAAAAAUUCAAUACUCAUUCUAAAAAGGUUUUCAUAAAAAAUUUAAAUAUAAAACGUAUUAUUACUACAAAAUCUACUACAUCUAAACCAUCUAAUAAUAAUAAUAAUAGAUAUUGUAAGGAAUUUUAG